AAAAGUAAAUCAUUUAACGGAACUGAAGCGGUUACAAUUACAUAUAGCACUUCGUUCUCAGUUUCUAGGUUUUCAGCCACCGCCCACCUUCUCUUCCCCUCUCUAAAAUCUCUUUUCUACGGCAAUUCAAGGAUUUGAGAGAGAGAGAGAGAGAGAGAGAGAGAGAGAGAGAGAGAGAGAGAGAGAGAGAGAGAGAGAGAGAGAGAGUUGAAUUGUUAAGUUAUGGCGGAACCUGAAGCUCCUCUGCGUUACGUCGGAGUUGAUCGAAGUUCCGCCGCCUUCCGCCUCAUGAAACAUAUGGGAUGGGAAGAAGGAGAAGGUCUCGGUAAAGAAAAGAAAGGAAUCAAAGGAUAUGUUCGGGUGAAAAACAAACAGGAUACUUUAGGUAUAGGCACAGAGAAACCAAAUGCAUGGGCUUUCGAUACGACUCAAUUCGAUAGUAUCCUCAAGAAACUGAAAGUGCAAGCGGUUACAAUCAACAAGGAUGAAGUUGACGAUAAAGAUGAAGAAAUAGUAGCCGAAAAAUGCAGCCCUUCCAAGGACAAAAAAGAAACAGUUGUCAAGGUUACUCGACCACAAGGAAGGUAUCAAAAAAGAGAGAAGGGUAAGCUGGUUCAUGCGUAUUCUGCUCGGGAUCUUGAAGGAAUUCUUGUAAACAGGGCUAAAUCUCCCAAGACUAAUUAUGCUUCGGACGCCUCAGAAGAAGAAAAAUCAAUUGAAAUUAAUCUUCUUGAUAUAGAAGACCAUGUGAUAGGAGAAGUUCAAGAUCUUCCACCAGAGUGGUGGGGACACAAAUUAGGGUUUAUUUCUGGAGGUUUGCUUGGUGCCGAGUCUAAAAGAAGGAAGUUGCUCAUGUCGAAAAAUGAUGAAAAUUCAAAUGUCAGAACUAUGUUCAAUGAGGACGAUCAAGAAAAUCUUUACACCUCGUUCAGGACAAGGCGACAUCUGGAAAACAAGGCCUCGGUAUAAAGGACCUUCCUAAAAAAGUUGCGGGCUGCUUUUUCGAAGGAAAAAAGACAACUUUCAGUGAUAGUGAUGAUGACGAGGAUUCUUCGAAUCCACGUUCUUCAGUCGUGAAAAGGAAACAUGAAGAAAUUUUGGAGAUGAAUAAACAGAAUCCAAAAAUUAAUACGAAGUUGUGUCAGAAGAUUCUUCAGCAGGCACCUGGUGAGGUAUUAAAGCUGAAGCGGCUCAAAGAACUUGUUGAUGAACAAUCGCCUUCUAUUUUUUCCAACUUUUCUUCAAGAGAGGCAGUUGAUUGUUUAAAGAAAAUGCUUGAGAGCAGUGCCAGGUUUUCAGUGAAGGGAAAGAAAGUCGCUCUCUUGUAAACAAGCUGAUGGAAAAUUGCUUUGGUACUUUACCUACAUAAUGACGAUGUGUACAUUUGUCAUCAAGAAGAAAUUUGUAGGAACAAUUGUUUCAAUUAUCAGAGAGCAAAUAUUUGUUUUUAUUGUCUGUAAUAAUUUUUUGUACUACUAGGUCUAUUGUUUUAGAUCAAUUUUAAACAUAUAUAUAUUCAAGCUUUUGAGCGACUCAAUUAGUAGGUGAAUUUUUUACAAUAUCUGUUCUCGAAACUUGCUUGUGAAUUCGGUCUAACAGUUGGCUUGGAAUAUGUAUUCCAAAUGACGAUCCUCGAACCGAAUUUUGUAUGUAUUCGAAAUGUUGACUUUGUAAGGGUCUUUUAAAAGGAGUGACAAUUUGAUUUUGUACAA